AUGAAGACCUUCGUUUUGCUCGCCCUCGUGGCGGCAUGCUCCGCCGCCGUCUUCAAGGUGCCAACCGUCCAAUCCGGAUCACUCCGUGCCAAGCUCAUCAAGGAGGGCAAGUACACCGCCUUCUUGGCCGCCCAACACGCCGCCCGUAUCGAGCAGUUGAACACUGGAUCCCAGCCAUUCGUCGACUACUUUGACGACUUCUACCUCGGAAACAUCACCCUCGGAACUCCAGCUCAACCAGCCACCAUCGUUUUGGACACUGGAUCCUCCAACUUGUGGGUCAUUGACGCCGCGUGCACAUCCCAGGCUUGCAACGGAUACCCAGACUCUGGAUACAAGAAGCAAAAGUUCGACACCACCAAGUCGUCCACCUUCACCAAGGAAACCCGCAAGUUCUCGAUCCAAUACGGAUCCGGAUCAUGCAACGGAUACCUCGGAACCGACACCAUCACCUUCGGAGGACUCACCAUCAAGACCCAAGAAUUCGGAGUCGCCACUCACUUGGCUGAGGUCUUCGGAUACCAACCAGUUGACGGAAUCCUCGGAUUGGGAUGGCCAGCACUCGCUGUCGACAAGGUUACCCCACCAAUGCAGAACGUUCUCCCACAAUUGGACGCUAAACUCUUCACCGUCUGGCUCGACCGUAAGCUCACCAUCUCCCAAGGAGGAUCCGGUGGACUCAUCACCUACGGAGCUGUCGACAAUGUCAACUGCGACUCCCAGAUCACCUACGUUCCAUUGACCGCCAAGACCUACUGGCAAUUCGCUCUUGAUGGAUUCGCCGUCGGAACCUACUCUGAGGCCAAGAAGGACCAAGUCAUCUCCGACACCGGAACCUCCUGGCUCGGAGCCCCAGCCACCGUCAUGUCCGCCAUCGUCAAGCAGACCAAGGCCACUUUCGACUGGUCAUCUGAGCUCUACGUCGUCGACUGCACCACCAUGCAAACUCAACCAGACCUUAUCUUCACCAUCGGAGGAACCAAAUACAACGUGAAGUCUGUCGAAUACAUUCUCGACCUCCAACUCGGAGGAGGAAAGUGCGCUCUCGCCGUCUUCUCGAUGGGAUCCGGAGGAUUCGGACCAACAUGGAUUCUUGGAGACACCUUCAUCCGUCAAUAUUGUAACAUCUACGAUAUUGGAAACGCCCAAAUCGGAUUCGCUCAAGCUCACCACAGCUUCUAA